GUACGCAGUUUUUGUUCCUUUGCCUUCAGAGGCACGUACUGAUUUAGUCAUACAGAGGUUCUUUGACUGUUGGGUGUGGGCGCUGCUGCUGAGCGGAUGUGCUGGCUAUUGCCUGCACACUGUUCAUGAGCGGAGAGAGUUCUGUGCUUCAAGAAACAUCAGCUUUUUCAACGAAUGAAUGAUGGAAUCAAAGCCACCAGCUGGUAUGACCUUGGCGGCGCCAUGGAGACCUUACUUGAGUGAUGAGAUGGCGGCAGUCAUCAUGCCCCUGGUAGUAUACUGGUUGUAUUCUGGACUUUACCAUCUGGUAGAGGUGUUGGUUCCUUCUGGUGUUAAAGCGUAUCGGCUCCACACAUGGGAUGAGAGCAGCAAAAACCUAACCAGUGUGCCGAAGGUUGUAGGCGGGGUGCUUCUGCAGCAGGCCUUGCAGGCCGGAGUUGCGGUUGCUCUUUUUGUAUUUGAUGAUUCGACACAGCGCUCACAGCCUGAGCCCGAUACUUGGGUCCAGAUUGGCCAGCUCUUAGUUGCCAUGUUCAUCAUGGAUACCUGGCAGUACUUUUGUCAUCGUUGGAUGCAUGUCAACAAGUUCAUGUAUCGCCACUUCCACUCUGUUCACCAUCGUCUGACAGCUCCAAUUGCCUUCGGUGCGUUGUAUAAUCAUCCGGUGGAGGGGCUGUUGAUGGACACGGUAGGUGGUGCGCUCUCUUUCCUGCUGUCAGGCAUGAGCACACGUCUUGCUGUACUCUUCUACUGUUUUGCAACCAUGAAAACUGUGGACGAUCACUGUGGACUGUGGCUACCGCUCAAUCCCUUCCAGAAGCUCUUCAGCAACAACUCCGCGUAUCACGAUAUCCACCAUCAGCUGCAUGGAGGGAAGUACAACUUCUCACAGCCAUUCUUUGUGUUUUGGGACAGGAUUCUGGGAACAUACAUGGAGGUGAAAGUUCUAAGAAGGGAAGAGGACGGCUGCCUUCAAGCAGCACCGGCAGUCUGCAGGGUGUCCGCCUAUUUACCGGGAGUGGAGCUGAAGCGGAGACAAGAAAGGAAACGUUCUCGCUUUUGCGUAGGUCUUUUCAGCACCUCCUCAGGCUGAGGAGGUGAUGAUCAGAAAACGGAUAAACAAACACACACGCACACACACAGACGGGGCUGUCAAGUGAAGGCGAGGAAUGGAACUUACAUAGUUGUUUCAUUCCGCUGUGUUCUUUUCACCAUGUUCUCGUGCUGAGGAGAGGCUCAGCAUGAUGAAUGGUGAAGAGGAGGGAGGGGAGGAACAGGGUGUGCCCGCACGUGAAGAGCGAAGAGUGUCAAUCGUGGGGAUACCAGGCCUUCGGAGAACGACUGAAGUCCUUUGACUAUAGUAGGUAGGGUUAUCAAGUUACUUGCCUCCCUUCCCCCCUUUCUGGGAGGAACUGGUAAUGUUGUAAAUGCAGCUGAUUUGAAUUUUUCUAAGUUUCGUUAAUGAAUCUUCCCUUGUCACCUUGUGUAUAUUAUUUUGUCGGUGAGCAACGGCUUGAAUCUCUAAUGAUGUCAAUUGUUAUACACUUAAGUGAUUGAGAAAAACAACACAGUAAGUCAUGCGCCGUCACAGGCUUGCUGGUACGCGUAUAUGAGAGGGGACCAGUCUUGAUUGGUGUUGUUUAUAAUGGCACAGGUUCUCCUUUCUUUUGUGUAAAUUAAUUUAUACGUUGGGGUAACUCGUUUUGAUGCGGUUCAUUAUGGUUAAGUGGAUGUGGUUUUGCAGUUGUAAAGUUUGUCAAUCAACAGCCAAGGUGAAA